CUUCCUCUCCUUCCAAAUUAUCUCCAAUGGCAUCGAAACCAAACCCAAUCAAUAGUGAAAACCCCCAAAACACUAACGCAAAUCUCAGCAGCAGCAUCAAUUCCCCAAUCUUCAUCUCCGAAUCUCUUCACUCCAUAGUUUCCCACCACUCGUUGAUCCGACACUUUCAUUCUUCUCUUCCCACUGUCUCCUCCACAAUCAAUAACCCAAUCCGCCAAAAUUACCCCCUCUCACCAUCCUCCUCUCUUCUCCUCAUGCCCUCCUGGUCCUCAUCCCCAUCUCUUCCCUACAUAGGUGUCAAGCUCGUCACGUAUUUCCCACAAAACUCAACCGUAAACUUACCUUGUGUGCAUGCUAAUUACGUGCUCUUCAACUCAACUACCGGGCAACCAUUGGCAUCUGUGGAUGGAACCGUAUUGACCCUUUACAGAACUGCAUGUGUAUCAGGCUUGGCUUCAAAAAUAUUGGCAAGAAAUGACAGCAAAGUCCUUGUCAUGAUUGGUGCAGGCAAUUUGGCACCUCAUUUGAUCAAAGCCCAUUUAGCAGCUAAUCCCAGUUUGCAAAAGGUGAUAAUUUGGAACAGAACGAUUGAGAAAGCCACUGACUUGGCUGAGAAUCUGCGAGGAAGGGAUGAAUAUAAUGGGGUUUGUUUCGAGAGCAAUGAGUCACUGGAGGAAAUCAUUGAAUUGGGAGAUAUUGUUAGCUGUGCUACAAAUUCUGAAGUGCCGCUUGUUAAAGGCGAGAGAUUGAAGGCAGGGGCGCAUUUGGAUUUGGUUGGGUCGUUUACGCAUACAAUGAAGGAAUGUGAUGAUGAGGCAAUAAGGAGAGGGAGAGUUUAUGUUGACAAUGAGGCGGCUCUGAUGGAGGCAGGGGAACUGGUGGGUGCUUUCGAGAGAGGGGUUAUUGGGAAGGAAGAUGUUGGGGGAAAUUUGGUGGAGUUGAUUAAAGGAGAGAGGGUUGGGAGGAGGAAUUCUGAGGAUAUUACUGUGUUUAAAUCUGUUGGUUCUGCUGUUGUGGACAUUCUGGCAGCACAAUUGGUCUACGAAACUUACCUCAAGAACAGAGGUUAGACUUAGACAUGUCCUUGU